ACAUUUUCAAAUAUGUACUUCCUUCUUUUCUAAAUCUCUCAUUAGUUUCAGUAAGUGUGGUUUUAUUUAUAGCAUUGUAUACUGCUAAAUUCUUAGUGCCUAAACCAAUUUGGAAAGGCUAAACUAGACACGAGUGUAUUUUAUCUCUGGAAAAUGAUUAACUCAUCAAAGGUUAUUUAGCCACAGUGGUUCUGCUGUGAGCUCACAACACAAGACAUUCCAGACAUUGGAAUUGAAAAUGCAGACUGUAAGCUAUGGCUUCUUUCUUAUAUCAUGGAUUUGCUUUUCUGCUGUGGCCAAGGCACAGAAAGGUUGUUCUGGCAGUUCAAUACCCAAAAAUCUAAAGACUGAAUUACCCUCCGAGAUGAAAGAUAUCUAUGCACAUGGUGACCCUUUGAGGUUGACUUGCCAAACUGGCUAUGCUGGAUUUCUGAAAAUUAUUUGCACCAAUGGUGACUGGACAAUAAUUCGAACACGUAAAUGUGAACCAAAGCAGUGUGGUCACCCAGGUGAUACACCACAUGGCAACUUCAUUCUUACAAAGGGAGACGAUUUUGUAUUUGGAUCUCAAGUGGAGUAUACCUGUAAAAAAGGAUACAUAUUGGCUGGAAAGGUAAAUCACCGUAGUUGCAUGGAUCAAGGAUGGGAUAAUGCCAUUCCCGUUUGUGAAGUGGUGAAAUGUAGUCCAAUACCACAAAGUCGAUAUUUGAGUACCUCUGGGAAUAUUGAGAGCCCUCAAUAUGGUGAUGUAAUACAGUUUGACUGCGAAACUGAUAAGGAGAAAAGAGUUGGGGAAAAACAAAUUCACUGUACUGAGACCGGUGAAUGGAGUGCAAAUGUGCCAACAUGUGAAGAUGUAACAUGUAAACUACCAGAUAUAAUAAAUGGUCGGGUCACAAACGAAAAGAAGAUUUAUGAGAAAGAUGACAUCUUAUUUUUUGCUUGCAAUGAAGGCUAUACACCAGUGGGAAGAGCAUCUUCUACAUGCACCCAACAUGAUUGGAUGCCAAAACCACAAUGUGAAGAAACGGUUUGUAGAGCGAGAACAUCAACAAAUAUUACUCCCAAAAAGACUGUAUUUAUUCCUGGAGAAAGUGCUAAAAUAGUUUGUGAGCCGCCGUCUAGAACACACACAAAAAAACGGGAGGAUACAGUGACAUGCAGAAACGAUGGAUCAUGGUCAUUCAGCAUAGAAUGCGAAGGUAUGGUUAAUGGUAAAAAUACUGAUGAUGGCACGUUUUUAUUGUUCUGGCUCAUUCCUUCUUAUUCAUCCACCAUUUUACAAAGGUUAUCAUCUUACACCUGCCGAAGAGGAUUUGAAACAUCUGGAGGCUCUACUUGUGAAGUUGAGGGCUGGGUGCCACCACUGUGCUCAGCAAUAACAUGUAAUCCAGAGAUUCCUAAUGCUAUCAUUCUGAGUGAAAAUAAGACUUACACAUUUGAUGAGCGUCUGGAAUAUGAAUGUAAACUUUUUCAUGAACCAGAAGGAAAGCAAUACGGAUACUGUGGCUGGGAAUGGCCUGACUGCAAAGCAAAAGAAAAUUAUUGCAAAAGACCUGAUCUAGAAAAUGGAUAUCACAUCAAUGUCAAAAGCAAUGCUUCAGUCAUUUAUUAUAGUUGCGUUUCUGGUUAUAAACCCUUCGUGGAAGGUUGGUGGGACGAAUUGACAUGCAAGAAAAGUGAAUGGUCUGACAUCCCAAAGUGCAUUGAUGAAACUGCAUGUGUUUCUCCAACAAUUCUGAAUACAAAACAGGAAGUCAGGAAAGACCUGUAUUCAAAUGGUGAAUCUUUGACAUUUGAAUGUGAGGAUGCAUAUGAAAUGGAAGGUACUGGCCAGAUAAAAUGUGUAAAUGGAGAGUGGAAGUCACAACUACCAGUCUGCAAACCAUCUGGUAAUAGUUGUAAUCCUCCCCCACGUGUUGCAGAUGCAACAAUUACAUCAAAAUAUAAGACAAAAUAUGCUCAUCAAUCUACAGUGCAAUUCCAAUGCAGAGAUUUAUAUGAAAUUCAGGGGAACAGAGAAGUCACCUGCACCAAUGGAACGUGGAGUGACAUUCCAACAUGCAUUUCAAAGACAAAAUCCACAGCAACUGAGCGGUCCUCUGAGCAAAGUGGCAAUGGCCCAACGGUAGCGGCGCCAUCCGCAGCAAAGAUAAAAUCUACAGCAACUGGGCCAUCUUCUGAGCAAAGUGGCCCAAUGAUACCAUCGCCAGAUAUUUUCUGCACAGCUGGACCAGACGACAAUGUAAAGUAUUUGAGGCAUACUUUUAGACACAAACAAACGUUAUCAUCUCACACCUGCCAGCGUGGAUUCAAAACAUCUGGUGGCUCUACUUGUGAAGUUGAGGGCUGGGUGCCACCGCUGUGCUCAGCAAUAACAUGUAAUCCAGAGAUUCCUAAUGCUAUCAUUCUGAGUGAAAAUAAGACUUACACAUUUGGUGAGCAUCUGGAAUAUGAAUGUAAACUUUUUCAUGAACCAGAAGGAAAGCAAUACGGAUACUGUGGCUGGGAAUGGCCUGACUGCAAAGCAAAAGAAAAUUAUUGCAAAAGACCUGAUCUAGAAAAUGGAUAUCACAUCAAUGUCAAAAGCAAUGCUUCAGUCAUUUAUUAUAGUUGCGUUUCUGGUUAUAAACCCUUCGUGGAAGGUUGGUGGGACGAAUUGACAUGCAAGAAAAGUGAAUGGUCUGACAUCCCAAAGUGCAUUGAUGAAACUGCAUGUGUUCGUCCAACAAUUCUGAACACAAAACAAGUCAGGAAAGUCAGGAAAGACCUGUAUUCAAAUGGUGAAUCUUUGACAUUUGAAUGUGAGGAUGCAUAUGAAAUGGAAGGUACUGGCCAGAUAAAAUGCGUAAAUGGAGAGUGGGAGUCACCACUACCAGUCUGCAAACCAUCUGGUAAUAGUUGUAAUCCUCCCCCACGAGUUGCACAUGCAACAACUACAUCAAAAUAUAAGACAAAAUAUGCUCAUCAAUCUACAGUGCAAUUCCAAUGCAGAGAUUUAUAUGAAAUUCAGGGGAACAGAGAAGUCACCUGCACCAAUGGAACGUGGAGUGACAUUCCAACAUGCAUUCAUGAAACUGCAUGUGUUCAUCCAACAAUUCUGAACACAAAACAAGUCAGGAAAGACCUGUAUUCAAAUGGUGAAUCUUUGACAUUUGAAUGUGAGGAUGCAUAUGAAAUGGAAGGUACUGGCCAGAUAAAAUGCGUAAAUGGAGAGUGGGAGUCACCACUACCAGUCUGUAAACCAUCUGGUAAUAGUUGUAAUCCUCCCCCACGAGUUGCACAUGCAACAACUACAUCAAAAUAUAAGACAAAAUAUGCUCAUCAAUCUACAGUGCAAUUCCAAUGCAGAGAUUUAUAUGAAAUUCAGGGGAACAGAGAAGUCACCUGCACCAAUGGAACGUGGAGUGACAUCCCAACAUGCAUUCCUAAGAUAAAAUCUACAGUAACUGGGCCGUCUUCUGAGCAAAGUGGCCCAAUGAUAGCGACGUCAUCACCAGAAAAAUAUCCCUGUGAAAAACCUGUCCUGAAAGGUGGAUUUGUGGACCCCUCAAGAUCCACAUACUAUGAAGGUGAUAUACUGGAUUAUCAAUGCUUCAGUCCAUGUAAGCCCAAAACGAAUAGAAAUAUCACUUGUAUAAAUGGACAGUGGAGUGCCCGGGUGGAGUGUACAUGUUUCACUUCUUGUGAACCCCCACAAGAAAUUCCAUUUGGGGAUAUUAAAGGUUUGACAAAAGAUGUAUAUAACACCGGUGAGACGGUAGAAUACCAGUGCAAGAAUUUCUAUGUACUUUCUGGUCAAAAGUUCAUAACAUGCCGCAAUGGGGAGUGGGAUGAUCCUCCAAAAUGCCUGGAACCGUGUACCGUGACAAUUGAAGAAAUGGACCGAAGGGGAAUUCAACUCAAAUACAAAUAUCAAACAAAGAUUUACAUACAACAUGAUGAACAAAUUGUGUUCUCAUGCAACUAUGGCAAAAGCCUAACUGAUGGCGCAUUUAUUAACUGGUGCAGAAAUGGUAGAAUCCACCUUCCAUCUUGUGCUUAAGAACUAUGUACAUGCAUAGAUUAACAUGCAUGGAUUGUACCUAUUAAUUGAUUGAAUUUAAAAGUUUUAGAAAAUUCUCAGAUGAUCAGCACAAUAAAUAGAUACAGUAAAUAUCUCACUCGGUGUCUUUAACACUUGAAAAAGGAUAAAGAUAAUACAGCCAGUCAGUGUGUUACUCUUAUAUAAACUAGAACAGUGAGACAGACAUGAUGAACCAGUCCACAGUCUUUGAAGUUCAGAAUACCGAAACAGCUACGGAGUGGAAGAAAAUAUAAAUUCAAAUCCUCAUGAGCUUAUUUUGUAAUGUCACGAGAGAAGGAUUGAAGGGACAAUUUAGUCCAUUA